UAUUAUGCUGAAUUACCGUUCAUUUACACGAUGAGAAGAGUUGUAAUGUUCAAUAAUAACAAUAAUAACCCUUUUAUGUUUUGGUAUUUGAAUGAGUAUUUGAAUGAAUAUUUGAAUAUCCCCACAUUUCCUGCUUCGCGCAUGCGUGAGGGAUGUGGGCAGCGUACAUCAGAGAGGAGCAGCCAGCCUCACCUUUAACUUUAAAACCAUAUGUAUGUAUAUCAGGAUGUACGUAUAGACUACUUGUGAAUUAAAAUACAUUAGUAACCUGAAAAUCUGACAAGAUAUAUUGAAGAAUGUCUAGUUCCUAGUCUCAAAGACAUAUCUAGGUUAUAUAUCUCUAUGUGAAAUGCUACCCUCCUCUUUGUGUAAACACUCACCACACCACCUCGGAGGCAGCUGUUGUAAAGCAGCUCACACCUGGUGUCGAGUUCCGGAGAGCAAAUAUACGUGGGGCCCGAGGGAACAGGGCCAACAAAACAAUUAGGUUGGCCUAGAAAAACGUAUCGAAUGAACCGAAGUGCCCUGGAGCCUAAUCACUGUUAUAAUAGGAGGCAGCAGUCCUGCGGAGGAUGACAGCUGAACCGGCUGAGAGAGGUCAAGGCCUUUGUGACCCAGGAUAUUCCUCUUUACCAUAACCUGGUGAUGAAGCACAUUCCUGGAGCCGACCCUGAGCUCGUCCUCCUCAACCACUACUACGAAGAGCUGGACCGCAUCGCCCUGUCGGACAUGAGCCGUGUGGAGAUCAACGAUCUGCUGGUCCAGCUCGGCUUCUACGUGAAGAGCCAGGCCGAGGAGGAGGUCCCAGAGGAGUUCCGCCUCCUCCCCGCCAAGGACAGCCCCUUCAAGGACCCCCCCGGGACCCCCCAGCCCAGCGGGGAGGCUCCCACGGGGACCCCCCAGCCCAGCGAGGAGGCCGCCCCCGGGUCCCCGUCCCAAGCCCAGCGGUCUGAGCUGUAACUCAGAGUCACGGGGAUCUCUUCAGAACAUAAAGGCCCCUCAUUAGGUAGUAACGUCUGGUCAAUUAAGUAUCUUUAAAACUUUUUUACACAAGCACAGUAACACAAUAAGCAACGAGCCCCACCUUAACCACUUGACUCAAAACUGAUGCUAAAAAAGAUGCUAAGGCGUAGAACAGUCGAUAAUCUGACCUGCUGACUCUCUUGAGUGUCUGUUGACUUCCUGUCUGCUGUGAAACUGAAUGAAGUCCCAGGCUGUAAGUCGUCUGAUUGGCCUGGGACUGAUGAUGCAUGAUUCUACAGGGGGCGGGACUACACACAUACAAGACGAGUGGAGUGGAGAUUAAUGAUUGAUGUUGUACAAUAAAAACAAAACAAAAACUGACAUUUUCGUGUUCUUUGGCAGACUAUAGAUUGGAUGCACACACAAGCUUACAUAAUAUACAAACACACUAUUUGCAUGUGUUUUCCCAGUCAAAUACCCAAUGGACCAAACCAAGUUUAACUGCUUCCCUGUAUCCGUCAGAGCUUUUAGAGAGCGAUAAUCACACAAUACACAACAAAGGUUUCUUAAUUUCUUUCAGAAGUUGGUUUUAAUCGUUUCUCACAUUGAACAUGUGGUGCACUGAUAUAUUAAAUAUGGAUAUCUGGCAGUUAAUCUGAUGUACAGAAUGUCUUUUGAACGCUCCUUGUGUCCAUUUUUUUAGUCUCAAGUUUGCAGUGAUAAAAUAUUGCUAAUAAAUUAUAUCUAAUU